UCGAUUCACAGGAAUGAACACUUUGUGCAAGCUGCUGAUGUUACACAUUUUGACAUCUAUCGUACUAAAAUGGAAGAUGUUGACAUAUAUGUCGACUACGUUUGUGAUCAAAUAUAAUUUUGUUUUAAAGUUGAUUUCAAAUCAUGUUUGAAGUGUGAUAGUUACUUAGUGAAAGUUCUGUUUUGUUUAUAAAUUGUUUUGGGUACAACGCCAUGUUGCAGUUUCAGAAAUGAUUGUCGGCUAAGCUUUAGAUGGGAGAUACUGAAGUGCAUACAUACUUUCUGAUUUUAAUGUUCAAUGGUAUUCAAGUCAGUUUUUGAGUGAUUAAACUUAUCAGAAGAAUGUCUUCCAGAGGGCCCAAAACGAAGAGUUCCAGCGGUUUACGAAUACUGUGGAUUCCGGGUAGGAAAAAGCACAAUCGCAAGGGCGUCUACAAUCCGACGAAAAGUGGACUUCCUCAGUAUCAGGCCAAUCAGCAGCGAAAAAACGAUUCCUGGACACUAGGAGGCCCCAUCAAUCAGACCAAGAUCAUCAAUGCAGAUCUUCACGACAACUUGGACGUUGGCAUGGCGACGGCUACGGGGGCCAUGAGUUUGGCUUCGAUGGCGGCCAGCAAAACCGGUGAGGCAAGCACCAGCAGAACUAGUCCCAGCGAACUAAACGUCGAUGGAGCCGGAGUAUGCAGCGCAGACGGGGCGCACUCUGUGGAGUUAGUUGUCCUGAACGACCUCAAUGGUGAUAUUAGUAAGAAAGACAUUCCAAGCAGUAAUCAAUUCGACGCACUGGAGUUGAUAGAUGAGUGCGAGGAAAAAGAUCGCAACUAUUCCAACGCGGAGUCGUCAUCAUCGCUAUUGUCCAACAACGACAGUCGGUCGGCAGAUUACGUGCACAAUUCCGCCACACUUGCCAUCGGUGAAGCCCGGCGAAGGCGCCGACGGGACAGCUACAACAAUUCCAAGAAGGACAGCUGCGAAAACUUGGACACGAUCGACCACAUCAACGACAACGAUGCGGUCGAUGCAGUCAAAGUCACUUCUUCCGUGGACGAGCCCCGCAUGGAUGCAUUUCGACAGCAGAAGAAAAAGAACAAAAAGAAAACACGCCCGGGUGAUGAAGACGACACGAAGGACAAAGAUGAUAAGUUGGUCACGUGUCUGUACUACUCUUUAGUAUGUUGGGAUUGCAGCAUCUCGUAGAGCAACGCUAAUUGAAGAACACUGUUCUAGCUACUAAAAGACUACUUAACUGUUGCCCAUUUUUAUAUGCAUCUAUUAUACAAGAAGGCAAAGCUCACAGUAUUUUUAUACUGAUACAUUUUGAUAACAUUAUUAGAUUGGUAGACAUCCAUUAAAUAUUUUUAGUGGUAAGAAAAAAUCCACUUUUAGGCAGUAAGCAAAUUUAUUAAAUAAAACCUUUUUUAGAAAAA